AUGGCUGCAGACGCCGAGAAGAAGAACAUUGUCAUCAUCGGCGGCGGCAUUAUAGGCUGCACCUCUGCCUACUUCCUCACACGCCACCCUUCAUACGACCCGAGCAAACACACCAUCACCCUCCUCGAAGCUACCAAGAUCGCGGGAGGCGCGUCGGGCAAAGCUGGCGGACUUCUGGCAUUAUGGGCAUAUCCUAGCAGCAUUGUACCACUGAGUUACCGACUGCACGAGCAGCUUGCCAAAGAGCAUGGCGGAGCGGAUAGAUGGGGGUACAGGAAACUGCAUGUAGGACAAGUGGACUGCAGAGGUCGAGCGUUCGAGAAGCCGAGUAAAAGCACGGUCAACGGCAAAGACGCCGAGAUGGACGGCGAAGCCGGCGACACCAAAGCAGAGCGCAACGGCGAAGCACACGUGAGUCUGCAGAAACGCAGCAAAGAGGCCAUGGCGAAGCUGCAAGCCGCCGGCAUGCCGAAGGAACUCGACUGGGUCUCUCCAGACUGCGAUCCCGUGUACGACGAGAUGGGCGACCCUUCCACCACGGCACAAGUCCACCCUUACCAGUUCACAACCGCCAUGGCGGACCUCGCGGCAGAGAAAGGCGCAGAUAUCCGCACCGGCGCCAGCGUGACCGGGAUAAACUACUCCGCCUCCGGCGCGGUGGAGAGCGUAACAUACACCGACAAAUCCUCCAACGAACCCACAACCCUCCCCGCAACAGACGUAAUCCUCUCCGCCGGCCCCUGGACCCAGUCCGUCUACCCACCCACCCCCAUCGCCGCCUUACGAGCCCACUCCGUCACGAUCCGGCCUAGUCGCCCCGUAAGCGCCUUCGCGCUCUUCACGCACAUCGCCCUCCCGCCCAAAGACGCCAAAAAGAAGAAACCCACGGGCAGCAAAUGGUUCUCCUCUUCCCAAGGGUCGGAGACCGUAACGCCCGAAAUCUACGCCCGCCCACACAACGAAGUCUACGCCUGCGGCGAAGGGGACCGUCUCGUCCCGCUGCCUGCUUCUACCGACCUCGUCGAGUGCGACGAAGCCCGGUGUCAGGAUAUCGUGGACCACGUGUCUUCCAUCUCGGACGAGUUGAGGGAUGGCGAGGUCACGGCGAGGCAAGCGUGUUAUCUGCCGAAUGUCAAUGCUGGCAGCGGGGGGCCGUUGGUGGGGAGGACGGGGGUGGAGGGGUUGUGGAUGGCGGCUGGGCAUACUUGUUGGGGGAUCCAGAAUGGACCUGGGACGGGGAAACUGGUUAGUGAGUUUGUGUUUGAGGGGGAGGCGAAGAGUGCGAAGGUGAAGGGGCUGGAUCCAAGGAAUGUGCUGUAA